CCUGCCUCAGUGGCUGCGAUUUUGAUGAGGAUCUUUGCGGCUGGAAGACGGACACGUACAUGGGCGACGCAAGUGACGAGGGCUGGAUCCAGGGAACGGACCACGUUGCCGACCUCUCAAAGCCUGGCUAUGGGCAGUACAUGCUGCUGGAUUCGAACUACAACAAAGCAGGACACAAGUUCCAUUUGAAGAGCCCGUUCAUCCGCUCCUUCCAGUGCCUUACCCUGACGUUUUACCACUACCUGAACAGGACGAUGGCGAUGAAUGUCUACACGGAGCAACAAGGUUUGUGACAGCGGCUUCCAGUC